ACCUCAAGGACGGGUACCUUCACAUAGCAAUAGCAUUGCCAAACUUGCACAAAAAAUGGAGGGUAAGGAUGAAGAUGUGAGAGUAGGAGCCAACAGGUAUAGAGAGAGGCAACCAAUAGGAACUGCUGCUCAGGCUCAAGAUACCAAAGACUACAAAGAGCCGCCUUCAGCACCUCUCUUCGAGCCUAGUGAGUUGUCAUCAUGGUCUUUCUACAGAGCAGGCAUAGCAGAAUUUGUGGCCACGUUCUUGUUUCUUUAUAUCACAGUUUUAACAGUGAUGGGUGUGUCCAAAUCCAACAACAAGUGUUCCACUGUAGGUGUCCAAGGCAUAGCUUGGGCAUUUGGUGGAAUGAUCUUUGCUCUUGUUUAUUGCACUGCUGGCAUCUCAGGGGGUCACAUUAACCCAGCAGUGACAUUUGGCCUGUUUUUGGCACGCAAGCUCUCUCUAACUAGGACAGUAUUUUACAUAAUCAUGCAGUGCUUGGGAGCUAUCUGUGGUGCUGGUGUAGUUAAGGGGUUUCAACCACACCAGUAUGAGAGGCUAGGUGGUGGUGCCAAUACUCUAAGUAAAGGAUACUCCAAAGGUGAUGGCCUUGGAGCAGAGAUUGUUGGCACAUUUGUGCUUGUUUAUACUGUCUUCUCUGCCACUGAUGCCAAGAGAAAUGCUAGGGACUCCCACGUUCCUAUUUUGGCACCAUUGCCUAUUGGUUUUGCCGUUUUCCUGGUGCAUUUGGCUACAAUUCCUGUUACAGGAACUGGUAUCAACCCAGCUAGAAGCCUUGGUGCAGCCCUUAUAUACAACAGGGACCAAGCUUGGGAUGACCAUGUGAUGGAUUUUUUGGGUAGGACCUUUCACUGGUGCAGCACUUGCAGCUUUGUACCAUCAGAUAGUAAUCAGGGCCAUACCCUUCAAGUCAAAGUGAUGCAACAUUGAAGUUGAAGCAAUGCCUAAAAAGUAAUAACUAGUUGAGUCCAAGAACGGAUUCUCACAUAAAUAAAUGUUCCUAUCCUUUCCACUAUGGAUUUUCUACCUGUCUCGCUAAUUAUAUAUAAUUUAUCUGUUCAAAACUUAUCUAUCUACGUGGACAUGCUAUCGAACUUAUGGAAAUGGUGAUAUACAUAUUUGCUCAAGUAUAAGUAAAUUGUAUA